AUGGCAGAAAACCUGAGGAAACUGGUCUCGAGCGAAACUUUGCGACUGAUGCACGACAAGCUAGACGGCUGGCUGAGGGAGUACAACGCAAACACUUGUGAUCAAAAUCUUAGUCAUUGCCUUGAGCUCAUCGAACAAAUUUCCAAAGUACAAGGACAGCUCUUUCGGAUCCUCACCACGGCAGCCCAAGAAGGCGGACAUUACGAGGGUGUGGAAAUAAUCAAAUCGCGCCUUCUGCCUUGGCUGGAGGCCUCCUUUACUGCUGCUUCCCUGGGAAAACCUGUUGACAGCAGGGUGCCCUCUCUACAGGACACAUUUGAUAAAGAGAAACAUAAAGAGUCAGGUGUUCGGGAUCGGGACAUGCAACAACUAGACUCUGAGUUGACUUCGACUCGUAAUCAACUCAACCAGGUUCAAGACGAUCUGGCUGAAACUGAAAAGACUCUUGAAGAAACCAAGAACAGAUCGGCCAUAUCCCUUUUGGCUGCAGAGGAGGAAAUAAAUCAGCUAAAAAAGCAGCUUAAAUCUCUUCAAAUCCAGGAGGACUCCCGCCACCGAAACUUAGAACACAGAAGCACAGAGCAUCGGUGUUCGGAGCCUAGAGCCUCAGAACCAAGGAUCUCUGAGCAGAGGAGGCUGGAUCAGCGAGGCAUUGACAAGCGGGGUGCAGAGCAGCGGCCCGAAGUGAUUUCCGAUUAUGAGAAACAGCUCCGAACGCUGAAGGACGAGAUAGCGGUUUUGUCUGCUGAAAAAUCUGCACUUCAAGGAAGGUCGGCCAGGAGCCGGACUCCCAGCCCUGGCCCUCGCAGCCGCAGCCACAGCCACAGCCACAGCCGCAGCCGCAGCCGCAGCCACAGCCGCAGCCGCAGCCGGUCCACCAGCCCCUCCACCGCCGUUGUGAAGAUCAGGACCCCGUCGCCGAAUCGCGCCAAAAUGUCCAACGUGGCACGCAAGGCUGCCCUCCUGUCCCGGUUCAGCGACGCCUAUUCCCAGGCCCGCCUGGACGCGCAGUGCCUGCUUCGGCGCUGCAUUGACAAAGCCGAGACUGUGCAGAGGAUUAUCUACAUCGCCACCGUGGAGGCAUUCCAUGUAGCUAAGAUGGCAUUCAGACAUUUCAAGAUCCGUGUGAGGAAAUCGUUGACACCGUCUCUCGCGGGGUCGAAUAACUUUGAAGAUGCUGUCUCGGAUUAUGUCAUUUGUCAUCUCGAUCUAUAUGAUUCCCAAAGCAGUGUUAACGAUGUGAUCCGAGCCAUGAAUGUCAAUCCCAAGAUUUCAUUUCCUCCUGAAGUUGACUUUUGCCUGCUCAGCAACUUCAUCCAGGAGAUAUGUUGCAUUGCCUUUGCCAUGCAGGCUUUAGACCCACCCCUAGAUAUUGCAUUUGGGGCGGAUGGAGAAAUUUUUAAUGAUUGCAAGUACCGUCGCAGCUAUGACUCUGAUUUCACUGCUCCCUUGGUCCUCUAUCACGUGUGGCCUGCUCUCAUGGAGAAUGACUGUGUCAUUAUGAAGGGAGAAGCUGUAACCAAGAGAGGGGCUUUUUGGAAUUCAGUGCGAUCUGUAAGUCGAUGUCGAAGCAGGAGUUUAAGCCCCGUCUGCCCCCGUAGCCGUAUUGGUUUAAGCACGAUAUCUCGAAGCCGGAGCCCUUCUCCAAUAAGAUGCGGAUUGCCGAGGUUUUAAAGCCAACAGACGUGUCCCUUUGCUACAGUACAUCUGCACCAGCAACUUCCCCAGUGCCUGUCUCCUGUGCCUGCCUCAGAACUCACUUAAGAUAAUGUGAAAAUGCAAUUCUCUGUAUCCCUCCACACGGAGAGUUAAAUGUUUUGGCUUAGCAUGUUUGUAACUUCAGAUAUAUUGCAUUUUAUUUUAUUU